AUGGAGCAGUUUGAAUCGCUGUUGACGUGCUGCGUCUGUCUCGACCGCUUCAGAAACCCAAAGUUGCUGCCAUGCCAGCACAGUUUCUGUAUGGAACCAUGUAUGGACGGCUUGGUCGACUACGUGAGGCGACAGGUCAAAUGUCCAGAAUGCCGAGCAGAACAUAGAAUCCCAUACCAAGGUGUACAAGGAUUCCCAACCAAUGUCACUCUUCAGCGCUUCCUCGAAUUGCAUGCUCAAAUAGCAGGGGAACUGCCAGAUCCCACUGCAGGGCAGGUUAUGGAAAGAUGUAACGUUUGUUCAGAAAAAUCUUACUGUGCACCAUGUGCUCAUUGCGACAAGAAAGUUUGCGAAGAUUGCAAAUCAGCACAUAUGGAAGUACUUCGUCGUGAAAUUUCUAGAAUUAAUAAUCAAAUUCGUCGUGGCGUUAACAGGCUUCAAGAUAUAUUGGGAAUCGUUGAGCGCAAUACGACAAAUCUUCAAACAAACUGCGGUGCAGUUGCCGGAGAAAUAGAUGAAAUACACAAAAGACUUUCGAAGGCGCUAAAAGAUAGAACCGAUUUCCUCAGGAAUGAAGUUGAUCGUUAUUUAGCAACUGAACUUAGAAACCUCACUCACCUGAAAGAUAAUUUAGAAUUAGAGUUAAGUAAUAUACAGAGUAAUUGUGAUCUCGCCGAUAAGUAUAUGACCGAUGAUGUUGAAUGGGAGGAUACCGAGUUAGUUGAUACCAAGGAGAUUUUCUUAAAAACUGUCGAGUUUCUAAGAAACUUUGAUUAUGAGGCAGGUGACUAUAAUCGUAGAAUGCGAUUCAUCAUGACCCAUGAUCCUAAUCAACUGGUACUACAUGUAGCCAGCUAUGGCGAGCUAAAUAUAAGCCAUCCAAGUGCUUAUGGAGGUAAUAUGCAACAGACUCCGGGCUUGACGAGAUCAAAGAGUGAUCAUCGCUUAGCAACACAAUUCCGCCAACAAGAAGAAUCAAAAGGUUACACGGAGAAUGAAGAGCCUAUACUCGGUGGACGUAAAUUUGGUGAAAGAAGACCACCUCCACCGGAAAAGCAUACCAGAGAUUAUGGUGCUGACGAUUAUAGUGGUUAUGAAUCUGAACAUAGGCCUUCGCGUAGAUUCCGCUCACGUUUUGUAAGAAGUCACCAACAAGAUAAUGACUCAGAUACAGAACCUACAAGUAGAACAGUAAAAGCGGAACAGGUUCAAAAAGAAAAAGAGAAGGUUCAAGACACUGAAGACGCUACUCGAGGACCUCUUAGUGGAAUAUUCAGACUCAGCGAUUGUCCACGUGUCAUGCAAAGGAUAUUGGACGUCGACAGUGGUAAAAAAAAGGAAAAAAAGGAACCUCCUCCGCCCCCCAAGCCAGUACAACCUGCGCCUCAGCCACGUCGUCCACCACCUCCAGCACAGAGACAACAAAGUGAAGAUGAUGAAAUUACACGACUCAAACGACAAAACAAAGGUGCAGCGUCCUCUCAGGAACCAGAUCGAACGCCAUCGCGUCCUGCUGAAGAGGAACGUACCUCUGUAAAUCGUAAACCACCGACACCAGCUCGGGAGGCGUCCAGUGAUGGUGAAUCGGAUGAAUCUGUUGGAUCUUUGCAACGAACACAGCGUAAGAACACAGCUCCGGCACCAAAGCCGGUUACUGCUGCGAGACGGCCCUCAGGCUCUGAAGUGCCUACGUCACACCGUCCAGCUGCUCGUGCACCCAGUACUGAAUCAAGCGCAUCAACAGAAAGCUCCGGCUCGGCGGUUAAGCACACAGGUGCGAUAUUAACAAUUGAAGAACUAAAAGCCAAAUAUAGCAAUGUUGGGACACCACCAAAACCUGGCGUUCGUUUCUUUUUCACAGGCAACGACAGAACAGCACCAGCUACAACCAAUGGAACAGUCAGUGGCGCACAACGAGUACAAAGUCGCUUCGUGGGAUCGCAACGGCCAGCUCCCGCCCCGGCACCCGCCGAGCCGGCUCACGAAGAUUCCGACACAAGUUCUGAAGAGGAAACUGAUUCGUCGGAGGAGAGCGAAGAGGAGCCUGCAACGCAAAGAAAGCCCGAGAGUCAGGCAAUGACUCGAACUGAUAUAGGUCCACUGUUAGCCCGCAGUACAAAUGCUCGUAAUGACGCCAACGAUAACAAAACUAAGGAGACACCAUCACAAUCUCGAUAUCGAACGAGGCAAUCGUCACAGGCUGAGGAAGAGUCAACCCCACGUUAUGGUUCCAGUAGCUCUUCGUACAACAAUCGUUAUGGUAAACCUAAAGAAGAACUAGAAACUCAAUCUUCGUUAGAUGACGAUUCCAAAUACCCCACAGCCAGGUCGAGGUAUCUUGCUUUGAAAGAACGACGUAAUCGUCUAGCUAGAAGUAAAAGUAGUCAUACUGGUUUUGGGGUAGGAGACGAUGAUGAUCAAGAUGAUCCUGUGUCUCCAACAACUGCUUCGCCUUCAGCAUAUCUUGCGGCUCGAUACGGCUCCGGCACAGGAGGUACGGAGUUGUCUCGCAGCCGGUCUUCUCAUGCAUUGAAGUCAAGGGAAAGCUCGCCAGAACGAGCUGCACCUGGUGAAAAAGAUGGUGCAGCUUUAAGUUCUUGGGCGAGGUACUUAAAAAAUAAGUACGGAUCACGGGGCAAAGACCGUGACACGAGCGGAAGUACUUCGAGUACAUCGCGUCGUCUGUCUCUCGGGCUGCCCUUGCGUUCGGCCAACGAGCUUGCCAGUUCUGAUGACGAUUCAAAAAACGCGGCAGGCUCCCCCAUCUCCCCUACGGCGGCUACAGCAGCGGUAGCAGGUUUCGCAGCAGCAGGUUCCUCCCCUAGGAGCCAGUAUCUGCAGAAACGCCGUUUACAAUUCAGUGUGGGGAGCCGGGGGAGCGAACCCGGUUGCUUUACUUGGCCUCGUGGCAUCGCUGUAGGCCCCGACAAUACUAUGGUCGUGGCUGAUUCAUCAAACCAUCGAGUUCAAGUUUUCGAUUCUAAUGGUAUCUUCGUAAAAGAAUUUGGGCAAUACGGCAGCGGAGAAGGCGAAUUUGACUGCCUGGCUGGUGUUGCAGUCAAUCGAAUUGGACAGUACAUUAUUGCCGACAGAUACAAUCAUCGCAUACAGGUCUUUGAUCCUGCAGGACGGUUCCUCAGAGCCUUCGGCAGUCAGGGUACUGGAGACGGCAAAUUUAAUUACCCAUGGGGCAUUACCACGGACGCACUCGGAUUCAUAUACGUGUGUGACAAGGAAAACCAUAGAGUUCAGGUAUUCCAAUCUGAUGGUACUUUCGUUGGCAAAUUUGGAUCUUUUGGCUCCAAACUUGGACAGCUGGAACAUCCCCACUACAUUGCCGUUUCAAGUACAAACCGUGUCCUAGUCUCCGACUCCAACAAUCACAGGAUCCAGGUGUUCGAUGUCAACGGAAGAGUGUUAUCGUCGUUCGGAGAAGAAGGCUCUGAAGAUGGACAAUUCAAAUUCCCAAGGGGUGUAGCAGUUGACGAUCAAGGUUACAUCGUGGUAGCUGACUCAGGCAACAACCGUAUUCAGAUCUUCCACCCUGAUGGAACCUUCCUCAGAGCUUUCGGAUCCUGGGGUUCAGGGGAUGGAGAGUUUAAGGGCCUCGAGGGAAUCGCUGUUAUGUCCGGUGGAAAUAUUAUUGUUUGCGACAGAGAGAACCACAGAGUUCAAGUAUUUUGA